AUUAGCUGAAAUAUUGUGAAAAAUAAGUUUAACUAAGUCAAUUCUUUAUUAUUAUUAUUGUAAAUAAAUGUGUCAAUGGCUUUGUCACACGCAAAACGUGAAGAAAUUCCUGAAGAUGCGGUGAUUAUAUCACAGGAAGAAGCUCUAACAUACCAAUGGAAGAUUAUAAGUGAAUGGGAAAAACCAACUGAAGUAAUUGCAUUACGAAAUGGCCCAGCUGUUUUGAGUGUUCUCUCGGGGGUCACCGGUUUUUUUGUUAACAAUCACUACCGCAAAUAUCUUCGUCUUGGCGUAUAUGGUAGAAGUUCAACAUACCUGCCAAUUGUUGUAAUACCUGCACUGUUUACAUAUAUGACACAUAAAUACUUUGUGCAACGAGAUUUAAUAUUGACACCAAUUGCAUGUCCGCUAUGCCUGCAGACACGUGCAUCCGCAUUUCAAAGCGGCAUUGGUUGUGUCUAUCCAACAGUGCUGGCACCUUUUGCUGCAUUUAUGUUUGCCACAAGACAUUACACCUACCGCCUGCCUUCAAUAACGAAAAAUCCCAAAGAUGUUUUCAAACUAUGGCGUAAAAUGACUCGACCCAUAACACCGGUACUAGCAACAAUUUUUGUAGGUCAAGCAAUAGCUGCUGCUUAUAUAACCUAUAGAGAACAAUUGGAAUAUUUGCGUUUGCAAAUAAAAAUGCAAGAAAUCGAAAACAAAAUAAUGGAAGAACAUUUUUCAUCUACUUCGAGCUUUGAAUAAAAGAUAAGGCAGUGAAGAUGGUAACAACAUAGCUGGCAAAGAUGUUAAUAUCAUUUUCACUGAUUAUCUCAAAAUAAUUAAUAAUAUUCUUUCUAUUUUUGUAAAACAAACAAAAUUAAAAUGUAUAUGUAUGUAUGUAUAUAAU